AUGUCCUCAUCGCACCACCAUUCCGCGCGCGCCACGCUGCGAGCCCGCUGGCACGGCGGCGCGCACAAGGCGGGUUACGGAAUCCGCGCGGCGCACGUCAUCCAGGCGUGCGCCUUCGCUAUAGUCACGCUCUGGCUCUGCUACCAUUGGUCGCACGCCCCCCGCCGCCAGCCCCCGCACGACGCGGACCCGGCGGCGGUGAGCGCAGGGAGGCUGCAGGUUCGGGGGCUCGUGGUGGAGCGGCCCAAGCCUAAAGAUGUGGCUCGGCGGAAGAGCCGCAGCGUGAUAUCCCUGGAGGGCCCCGGCGACCGCGACCUGCUGCCGGGGGACGGCGCGCUGGCGGACGCGGAAGGCGCGCGCGGCGGAGGGGCGGCGCUGGCGGGGGGGGAUAUCGUGCGGCGCAUCGUGGCGAAGGCGGGCAUGGCGCAGGCGGCGGGCGUGAAGCUGAAGGACCUGGUGGAGGCGAAGGCGCAGGGCGGGGGGAACCUGCUGGGGGAGUUCGGGGGGGAGGCGGAGGAGGAGGGCGAGCGGAAGUGGGAGGAGGAGGGCGAGUUGGAGGAGCGCGCGUUGGUGGACCUCAAGGGCGGCGGGCGCGAGGCGAAGGUGGUGCAGCGCGCGCUGGACGAGACGCGCGCCGUGGAGGGGGACGGCGCUGGGGAGGGGGGCGCGGAGGGGGAGGGCGAGCGCGAGGGCGCUGCGUCGUCCGCGCUGGAGGUGGCGGAGGACGCGGAGGUGGGCGCGGGGAGGGGGGGCGCGGAGGAGAGAGGGGCGGAGGGCGGGAGGGAACAGCAGGCGGGGCAGGGGGAGAGACAGGGUGGAGGGGGGAGCGGGAAGUUGUUUAAGGCGGAAGGGAGAGGGGAAGAACCGGUGGAGACGGAAGAGGAAGAGCGGGGAGGGGAGGCGGGGCAGCAGGGACGGGGAGAGGAGGAGGAUGAAGACAGGGGGGACGGUGGGGCUGCCGAGGAGAGGGUGGAGAGCGAUGGGGAGAGGAAAGGGGGCGAGGAGGUGGAGGUGCGGGUGGGAGUGAGCGCGGAGGUGCUGAGUGCACGUGCCAUUGCUGUCACGUGGACCGUGGCGCCCAACCUCCCAGCAGCAGCACGGCGUGCACAGCGCCCCUUUGAAUCGCCGCUGCACCUGGAGCUCAAGAUCCAGGACAGCCCUGUUGGGUGGUACGGUGGUGGAGAGCGGUUCAACGCGGUGAACCAGAAGGGAAGUGUGCUGCCCAUGGCCAGCCGAGACACGCCCUCAGGCAACCAGGCGGAGCGCACGUACAAGGCGGUGCCAUUCGUGAUGAGCACGUCGGGGUGGGGCGUGUGGGUGGACUCGCACGCGCAGGGCUCCUUCCUGCUCAACCACGCCUCCCACCCCCACCACCUGUCCCCCAACUCCCCACUAUGUGCCAUGCAUGCCACACCACCCUUGCCUGUGCCUCUCCCAUCCCUUGACUUGCUGCCACCUCCGCACCUCUGCACGUGUCCUCUCGCCUCUCAUGUCUCUCCAUGCGCCCCCCCAGGUGCUGCGCUACCCGCUCUUCACCUCACUGCGCGUGGUGGUGAUGGCGGGGCCGCGCCUGCUGGACGUGCUCGCGCUCUUCUCGCGCCUCUCCUCCUCGCGCCCCAUCCCGCCGCCCCUCUGGGCCUUUGCGCCCUGGAAGGGCCGCGACGUGCACCGCAGCAGCCACGAGGUGCGUAUGUGGCGGCGUGGGGUGUGUGGGAUGUGUGGGGUGCGUGGGAUGUGUUGGGUGUGUGGGAUGUGUGGGGUGUGUGGGAUGUGUGGCGUGCGUGGGAUGUGUGGCGUGCGUGGGAUGUGUGGCGUGCAUGGGAUGUGUGGCGUGCGUGGGAUGUGUGGCGUGCGUGGGAUGUGUGGGAUGUGUGGCGUGCGUGGGGUGUGUGGGAUGUGUGGCGUGCGUGGGGUGUGUGGGAUGUGUGGCGUGCGUGGGGUGUGUGGGAUGUGUGGCGUGCGUGGGGUGUGUGGGAUGUGUGGCGUGCGUGGGGUGUGUGGGCUGUGUGGCGUGCGUGGGGUGUGUGGGAUGUGUGGCGUGCGUGGGGUGUGUGGGAUGUGUGGCGUGCGUGGGGUGUGUGGGAUGUGUGGCGUGCGUGGGGUGUGUGGGAUGUGUGGCGUGCGUGGGGUGUGUGGGAUGUGUGGCGUGCGUGGGGUGUGUGGGAUGUGUGGCGUGCGUGGGGUGUGUGGGAUGUGUGGCGUGCGUGGGGUGUGUGGGAUGUGUGGCGUGUGUGGGGUGUGUGGGAUGUGUGGCGUGCGGGGGGUGUGUGGGAUGUGUGGCGUGCGUGGGGUGUGUGGGAUGUGUGGCGUGCGUGGUGUGUGUGGGAUGUGUGGCAUGCGUGGGGUGUGUGGGAUGUGUGGCGUGCGUGGGGUGUGUGUGUAUGGGCGUGUGGCGUGUGUAUGUGGUUACAAGACGGGUGCAACCAUUUGGGUGUAAAGGUAUUGGAGGAUGCGGAGAAGCUGCGGCAGCAUGGCAUACCGGGGUCGGUGAUACUGAUGGACAGCCCGUGGCAGACGGCGUACAACGACUUCACCAUCAACCGCCGCCAGUUCACCGACCCCCACACGCUCUUCUCCAAGCUGCAUGCCCUCGGCUUCCGGGUGGUGUUUUGGGUGACGCCGUUUGUGAACGAGGUGAACCGUGUGGACAUGCCGGGCAUCACAGCCGCCGCCGCGCCCAACUUCCACGAGGCGGCACGCCGCGCCUUGCUCGUGCGCAACGCCACGGGGCAGCCGCAGGUGGUGCGCUGGUGGAAGGGGCGUGGGGCGCGCGUGGACUUCAGCAGCGCCGAGGCGGAGCGGUGGUGGCACGGGCAGAUGGGGCGCAUGCUGCAGUGGGAGGAGGUGUUUGGCGGGGUGAAGGCGGACGACGGCGAGGGCGGGUACUUUGAGGCGGGUGCCGUGUUCCAUGACGGCACGCCGCUCCCCCUCAUGCGCAACAAAUACGUGCAGCUGUACCUGGGCAGCAUGCAGCGCUUCAUCAACGACAGCGUGGGGCCCACCCAGGGCGUUGUGCUCGCCCGCUCUGCCUUCACUGGCACCGCCAGCUCAUUCGUGUGGGCGGGCGACAACAGGGCGUCCUUCUCGCGCGCGGACGGGCUGCCAUCGGUGGUGGUGGCGGGGCAGACAGCGGCGCUCUCAGCGCUCUACCUGUGGGGCAGCGACAUCGCCGGCUAUCUGGGCAAGGCCAUCCCGCGCAACGUCUUCAUCCGCUGGACACAGUUCGGCGCGCUGUCCCCGUUGAUGCAUCAGUUCGGGCAGGCCAACAACGGCCCGUGGGACUACGACGCACUCACGCUGCGCAUCUACCGCCGCUUCGCCCGCCUGCACACCGCCCUCGCGCCCUACCUGCUGCGCGCUGCACGGCUGGCAAGCACGGAGGGGCGGCCCGUGAUGUGCCCCAUGGCGCUGUGUGCGCAGGGGGAUGAGGCCGCGGAGCGCGGGCGGUGGGAGGGGCAGUACCUGCUGGGGGGCGACCUGCUGGUGGCACCCGUCGUCAAUGAGACCGACCAUGUGCAGGUGCCCCUCUCACUGCCCUCAUCUCUUGCUUCUCCGCCCAAUACAUGCAAGUGCACCCAGUGCAUGCAAGCUCCUGUGCUGCUUCUCCAUCUUGACGCAUCCCUGUAUGCUCUUGGCCUCUCCCUCCCCCCGUUCCCUGUGUGCAUACCCACCACUCCUCACCGCACCCCACGCCACACCCUCCUACCACACCCUCACGCCACACCCUCACGCCACACCCUCACGCCACACCCUCACGCCACACCCUCCUACCACGCCCGCAUGCCACGGCCCUCUCAGGUGCGCCCCCCCAUGCCCACGUGCGCACCCCCAUGCCCACGUGCGCCCCCCCAUGCCCACGUGCGCCCUCCCAUGCCCACGUGCGCCCUCCCAUGCCCACGUGCGCCCUCCCAUGCCCACGUGCGCCCUCCCAUGCCCAGCCAUCGUACCAUCCAGCUGUGGCCGGGCGGGGCCGGCAGCACAGAGCUGUGUGCGCUGCUGCGAGUGUCACACCGCUAUGAGGGCACCGUCACUCCUGCCGCUCACGGACUGCCGGGCCACGCUGCCGAGUCCGCCAGCAGCGGUAGCAGCAGCAGCAGCAGCGGCGGCGGCGGCGGCGCUAGCGCCGGUCGUGGGAAGAUGAGCAGCGCAGCAGGUGCAGGUGGCAGCUUGGCGGACGAGAGUGGUGGGGGUGUGGGUGGGGAGGGGAGUGGGGAGGGAGAGGUGGAGGCGGAGGGGGGUGCGGGGCUGCAGGGAGGGGGUGAUGGUGAUGUGGCGAGGGGCGAGGGUGAGGCGGUGGAGGAUCUUCCUCAGAUGGAUGUAGCGCAGGAGGACGAGGGGGGAGGGGCUGGGGUAGGAGGGGAGGGCAAGGACGAGGGAGAUGUGAGAAUGAGAAGAGCGAGGAGACUGCUAGGGACAGGAGACGGUGCUUUGCAGGGGCUUGAAGUGGGUGUGCUGCACUUGAGCAGAGAGCAGCAAGAGGGAAGAGGCGAGCAGCAGCAAGGCGGGGCAGGCGGUGGGAGUGGGGGCAGGCGGGUGGUGGAGGUGGCAUGGGGGGGUACGGCGCGCAGGGAGGUGCAUGUGAUGCUCAUGUUUGAGCGCGUCCCACACGUCACACUCACACUGCUGCCACCCACGGGUGCCGCUCCUGAUGGCGCACAGGAGGGCCAGCGCGUGCCGUGUGAGAGUGCUGAAAGCCUGGACAGGCCGCUGUCCCUCUGCCGUCUGCACCUAGAUAAAGGGAUCACACGGAUAGUUUACUCUGUGUGA